CAGCACAAGGCGGCGUUGUGCGCUCUGCUGCUCUGGCCCGGCGGCGGGUGGAAGCCGUACUCCGGCACGGGAGGCCGGGGAGCCUAUGGCCGGGCCGUUGCUCCGGAGCGGGGUGCGCCGGUUCCCCUGGCUCUGCAACGUGCUGCUCUACGGCAGCCUCUUCUCGGCCGGGGACGCGGCUCAGCAGCUGCUGCGGCGGCGCCCGGGGCAGGAGCCCGACUGGGCGCAGACCCGGCACGUGGCGCUGGUGGCCCUCAGCUUCCAUGGCAACUUCAACUACGUGUGGCUGCGGGGGCUGGAGCGGGCGCUGCCCGGCCGCGCGCCCGGCGCGGUGCUGGCCAAGGUGCUGUGCGACCAGCUGGUGGGGGCGCCUGUCGCCAUCCUGGCCUUCUACACGGCAGGCAUGAGUAUACUUCAGGGGAAAGAGAACAUUUUUUCCGACUGUAAAAAGAAAUUCUGGAAUACAUAUAAGACUGGGCUGUUGUACUGGCCUUUUGUGCAGCUUUCAAACUUCGUUUUGGUCCCUGUUUACCUGAGAACAGCUUACACUGGGCUCUGUGGCUUUCUCUGGGCUAUCUUCAUUUGCUUUUCACAACAGAGCGGUGAUGGCACAGCAAAGUCGGCUUUUCUGUGGUUCCAAAGAGAGAAGGUCAAUGCAGAUGGAGAACCAUCAGAGAAAUGAGAAAAUUGUUUAAUGGAGUUUUAUUUUAAAUGGUUAAACUGUGCUUAUAAAGGGCAAUGAAUUGCACUGCCAGCUGAUUGCUGUGUUUUAAAAUGAAUCUUCAUCCCAGGGCUCAGUGGUCAUUAUAUACAGUGCAAUACUUUGGUUUUGCACCUGUUUGCACAGAAAAGAGGCCCAUUGUAUAUUGCUGUUUAAUUAUUUCCAUGCUGGCAGCUAGUCUCCUCUGGGGACUCUAGCCACUUGCUUGUCACAGUGCAGCAAGAGCAUUUGCACAACAUGGUAGCCAGCCUCAUUGGGGAGAAAUAUUAACUGUAAUUUAAUUUUCAAGCAACUUCUGAUUGCUAGAAAAGGGGGGAGGGUAGAACAUUAAAUCAUCAGUGUUUAUACUUGCCAGUUAUUAUGAGAGCAAGAUUCCUUUUGCAUUCACUGGAGUUUUCUCUGAAUUGCAACCUAUGGUACUGAAUCUAUAUUUAUUCUGAGAAAAAAUUGUACUCUUUUUUUUAUAGGAACCAAUUAUAACAUUUUUAAACUCUUGCCUUAGCCUGCAGUGAGAAUCUGUACAAAGAAAAUAACUUAGCCUUGCAAAAUUUACCAGUCUAAGCACAAAAGGAAUUUGCUCACCCUCUACAAUGAUCAAUGACAAGGAAAAAUUAAUGAAUUUUGCAAGACUGAUGUAGCUGUUGAAUUGUUGUUGCUGUGUGUGUAUUUAAUAUCCUCAAGAUAAUGAAGCAAUUAAAAGAUGGCUUUAUUUAUUCUGGUUAGUACUUUUAAAAUCAACAUUAUAUUUGGAUAUUUAUACUCCUUUUCAGUAAGAUUAAUAGUGUAUGUAGUAUGGAUGAAUGUGUAUGACAAUACAUAACACUCAAAAGCAAAUUAGAAAUAAUGUGCUCAAAUUAAUGCUUUUUGUGAUCAUUCUAUUACAGGUAAUGCUUUUAUUUUUAUUUCUGCAUGUGCCUUAAAUGUAUAGUGAUGAACUGCAUUCAUUUAGAAGAAAGGAACUUGGGAGGAGUGCCACUGCAGGGAAAAUAAGAGCUGACAUUAGGGAAAUUGACAAGGAUUUCAAGAAAGAGUAUACACAAUCUCUAUGUGAUCUGCGGUAAGAUGUGGAAAGCAUUCCAUUGGUGAUCGUUUUUGAACUUUUACCAAUAAAUGUGACAGCUAUCAGGAUUGCAAAUAAUAAGAAAUAAGGUUCAGUUUGAUAUGAGAUUACUAAUCCCUCCUACAGAGUUGAAAGACAACACCAUCAGUUAUUUUCUGUUCCCUGUUUCUUUACCUUGUCAGCAUGCACAAAAUGGAAAAUGUUGUUAAGAAUAUAGUUCUUGGAGAAAAAGUGGUGACUGAGAUAUAGUGUUGCUUUGCUGUGUGCUGUAACAAUAUGCCAUGUUCUACCCUUGAAGUAGAUGCAGUUCGUCAGUGGAUGAAUUGAUUGAUAUAUAGUUAUAAUUGUUAGUAAAAUUUGUAAUGAGUGGAACACCCCUCUUUUAUUUUUAAAGCUUUGAAUGUUUAUACAAGCUGUCCAUUAGCGCUGUAUACUUUUCUGAUGCCAGUUAUUCAGGAACUUGGCUUAAAUAGGAUUUUUGUCUGGGUAAGGACUUCAGGAUUUAUCUCCAUGUUUCUUCUGUUUUCAGUAUACAGAGAGGUAGUUCUUUGUUCCUUUGCUCUUUUGUGAAAUCACACUGGAGCAUGUAGUUCUCAUGUUUCAGUGAAUUUAAGAAUCUAAGUAAUCCUUUUACUCCCUCCAUUUCUCUUGAAAAGUUGCUAAGGGCUACAUAAGUAAACUAAUCUCUCUUCCUGUUCUAAAACCUCUUUGUAACCACAAGCUUUGGCAGUUAGUAGGAGUGUUUCAGGGGCGGGAGAUGCAAAACAAUGUGGCUAUCUUGGGCCAGAUCCUCAGCUGGUGUAAAUUGGCAUAGCUCCUUUGAAGUUUUUGGAACUCUGUCAGUGUACACCAUCUGAAGAUCUGGCCCCUUACUUUUUGGAAAUACUAUAAUUUCUUACCACUUUAUAGAUUAGGAGACUCUAAUAUGACUUUUCCUACAUAUGCAGGGCUAAUGAUUGGUGAUACAGUAUUUAUCAACAAGAACAUCUAAAAUAUCAAACCGUGGAUCAGCAGCUGGGCAGGUUUGCCCUCAUGCCUGUUUGGAUGCAUGUUUCAUAGGUGGUCC